AUGAAGGAGGUGGAGGAGCUACGUCGCGCGGCGACAAAAAUGCGAAAUUUGGCGAUUUUCACAUUCGCCGUUGCGACUUUCACCGCGUUGAUUGCGAUUUUCGCGCUACCCAUCUUGAUCUCUUCAACAUUGCAAGCGGUGGUGAGUUGCCGCGUUCCUUCCGCGUGCCUUCCGCGCGCCUCAAAAUAUUCUUUCAGACCUCCGUCGAUGAGCAACUCGGUCGUUGCACUUUUGACAGUUUCCGCAUGUACAAGGCGUUGGAUGAGAUUCGCGGUGCCGCGCGGAAUCGCAGCGAAUUUGUCGCCGCGCGACAAAAACGCAACUUCAAUUCGCAAUACGCUGCGCAGUAUUCGCAAGUGGGGCAAUUCAACUACUAUCCGGAAGUUUUGGAGGUAUUGAGGGCCCGGGCCAGGCCGGGCCUGGUUGGCGGAUAUCAGGCUGGUGGAUAUGUUCAGCGGCCCACUUUUGUGGGAGGACGUGAGUUUUUUGGGGGCUCCUGGAUUAGGCGUAGCCCCCCCCCUAUCCUUUGCUUUUCCAGAAUCCAGCUCAGUGUUCCAAGACACUCGCACAGCCUACAAUGGGGCCUGCGUCCCACGAUAUGGCCCACCGGGCCCGCCAGGCCCAUCAGGCCUAGACGGCCAAAAUGGGCUCGACGGCGAGGCUGGUAAGAACGGACGAAUUGGUCGUGAUGGUAUAGCUGACAUCGACAGGGAGCCCUGUCAAAUCUGCCCUCCUGCACAGCCAGGCCCACCAGGCCCGAUUGGCCCGAAAGGCCCGACCGGUGAGCCUGGUCCACGUGGACAAGACGGUACUACUGAAGAUGGUGACGAUGGAGUUCCAGGUCUGGCAGGGCCCCCUGGACCCCCAGGUCCUCAAGGCCCACCAGGUCCCCCUGGAGACAAUGGAAAACAUGUCGAAGAACAAAUCAUCGGCCCACCAGGAAUUCCAGGCCUAAAAGGCCAGCCAGGUCCACAAGGCCCUCGAGGCCCAUCAGGCAAAGUUGGACCACCAGGUCCACCGGGAGCACCUGGAAUCGCUGGAGGGCCUGGUGUGGGUGGACGGAAUGGGCUUCCGGGACGAGCUGGCAUGUCAGGUCCACCUGGUAGCCAUGCUGUUUGUGAUCAUUGUCCACAGCCCGUGUUGGAGCCCGGAUAUCCGUUGAAAUCCAAACGACACUCCCCAUGA